GAUGUUGAGCUGAACGACUUGACCUGAAGUGGCUGGAGCCUCCCGGGGAAAGUUUUCAGUCCUUUUGUUGUGUGUUUUUUACAGAGUUCCCCACCGGAGCAAAACCCCUUCUUUCCCAUUUGCAGGCUGGUGCCCUGAGGGUGACGAGGCUGAAAGUUUAGCAAGUUCUGUGCAUAACUUCACAUCACAGGAGCAAGUGCGUAUUCCCCCACCCCUCUCACCACCACCGGCCCCCCCGCCUUUCUUUUUCCUGCUCCUAAACGCCUCCUUCAAGUUUGCAGCUGGGCAGGACUCCAAAGGUGCAGCAGCAGCAACAAGCCGGAGUUCAAAGUUAGCAGUAAAUUGCACAACUUCCAGCUCAUCGCUACGCUCAGUGACUAUUAAGAAGCUGGAAGGCGCUCAGGGGAAAAAAAUAGGGGAGAAGGGAACACCCUCGAAUUGUUUGGGGAUCGUUGAUGUUAUGCUUCUGCCGCUGGGAUCAUGGCUCCCUUUGGAAGGAAUUUAUUAAAAGCCCGUCAUAAAAGCAGGUCUCCCAACAAGGACAUGGCUUCAAAUGAAAGAGAAAUUGUGGUUUGGGUUUGCCAGGAAGAGAAGAUCGUAUGUGGCCUUACAAAGCGCACAACUUGCGCAGAAGUGAUUCAAGCACUGCUUGAGGAACAUCAGGCAACAUUUGGAGAGAAAAAGGUCCUUUUUGGAAAACCAAGUGAUUACUGUAUUGUCGAAAAAUGGAGAGGCUCAGAGCGAGUACUUCCUCCCUUGACAAAGAUCCUGAGACUUUGGAAGGCCUGGGGGGAAGAGCAGUCUAAUUUGCAUUUUGUGUUGGUAAAAUCAGAUGCUUUCCUUUCAUUUCCGUUGUGGAAGACAGCUGAAGCUAAGGUCGUACAAAAUGUAGAAAAACAGUGGGAGCUCAGUCCAGCAAAUUACAUGAAGAUGUUGCCAAUAGACAAGCAAAAGAAAAUUGUGAGGAAGACUUUCCGAAAACUGGCCAAGCUUAAACAGGACAGUGUUCAGCAAGAGAGAGAUAAUAUGGAGACACUGAUUCAUCUGAUCAUUUCCCAAGACCAUACCAUUCAUCAACAAGUCCUUAGAAUGAAGGAACUAGACAUGGAAAUCGAAAAAUGUGAAGCAAAAUUCCAUCUAGAUCGUGUAGCCAAUGAUGGAGAAAAUUAUGUGCAGGACUCCUACUUAAUGAUCAGUCCAGGUGAGGCUGAGCAGCAAGGGAGUAGACCAGAUGACCAAAAAGAGAUGCACGACUACUUGAGCAAAAGUGAGGGUAUUUUACAGGUUGAAGAGAGACUGAAACAUCACAAACAAUUAAUAGAGAAGCUGUGUGCUGAAAUUGAAAGAGAGGUACACGGUAUAUGCACAGAAAAAAAUGGAGAUGAUGUCCGCACAGAAGGAGCUGCUAAUGGUGAACUGGAAAACACAAAUUUGGAAAGUGUAAAAUGUGAGCUGGAAAAAAGUAUGAAAGAUGGUCUAAGAAUCAACUCAUACCUGAGCUGCAUUCAGAAAGAGCUUACAUACAGGGACUCGCUACUUCAGAAGAAGGAAAAAGAAUAUGAACUUCUUACAGAAGAAUUUAAUUUACUACAUGUUAAAGACAACAUUGAAACUAGGCUUCCAUCAAAUGAAGAACCAUCCAAGGGUAGUGUCAUGUCCAGUAACAGAAUUGCUGUUCCUGACGUUGUUCAUAGAGUGACUAAUCUGGACAUAAACGAUACAGACUCUGACACUGGAAUCAGCUCUACACACAGUCAGGACUCUGAAAUAACUUCAGGGGACAUGGUACUGUUGUCAACAUAGUUGAAAACAGUCACACAUUUAUGUAAAGUCAUAUUUUGGAGGAUAUUUAUAAGAAUUAAUAAACCUUAUUGUCUUGAAAAUUCUCUCCUUCAAAAUGUUAAUGCACUGCUUUAGCAAAGUAUACAGUGUCUAUUUAUGUGCUUAAUAGUAUACUUGUGCUAAAAUGCGUAGGCAGUCUCUUGGGUUGACUGCUAAUAGGUGCAAAACUGUUGGCUUUGCUAAAUCAGGACAGACUGUUCAGAUCUUGUAAUGUCAAUACUCAAUGAAACAGCAGCAUUCUGACUGGAUUGGACCAAAAUUCUGGACAUUUGAUAUCCUUAAUCUUUGUGUCCACUUAUGCAUCUCUCUAACUUUUUAGGAAUGUGAAUUAGAGAUCAAACUAGACAAAGAGCUUGAUUUUCUGCUCUGUUCCAUUAGCUUUAUUCAGCUGAAGUUUCCUGCUAUGAAGCUGCUGUAAAGGAAUACAUAAUUGAACAUGUAAUCUGUUGAAAAAUAAUUAUUAGGAUAUUGUAGGACAAAAAGAAUGCAAUGCAUUUAUGCUAUAUAUUUAAAUUCAGUUUUGAGUUAUCAGGAUGAUAUUUUCAGUAACAUUUAAGUCCCAUUUUAAAAAAUAUACACAGUUUUUAAUUUCCGUUCUCUUUCAGCAGCAUUUAACUGCUUCUAAGAUACUUAAAACUCCUACUUAUCUGCUGUUACCCUGUAGUUGCCCCAGUGAUGCUUAAGUCCGCAUAGUUCCUGCCAGCGGGCAUGUCAGAACUGCCUACGUCCUGCUUGUGCAAGACACUCAAAACCCAACCUCACACCUAACCCCAGGGGCAUUUUCAGCAAGGCUUUCUCUUGCCUAUCUCACCAGUUGGAUUCAGUGUCUUAGGCCUCCUCAGAUCAUGACUACCAGAUAAAGCACAACAGAAGGGACAGGUAGCAACCAGACAUUUUUGGCUCUGGCUAGACACUGUUUCCCAAUAGCCAGGUAGUCACCAUUUUCACAUAACAGGUAGGUUGUCAGAUCCUGCCUACAGAUCAAAUCCUGCUUUUUGGAACAGGAAUAUGGACCUGUAAAUCCUACUUCCUUGGUGAGGACUUCAGGAUCAGCUAAAGCUGAUCCACUUUAUAUAGCUAAUUAAAUAUUGGUGUGUAGUCCCCUUUCCACCCCUCUCAGCCCAGGAGAAUAAGGAAGGAAUGCAAAACAUGAGAAUUUUACAACUAUGUAGUUCACUUAGGAUGUAGUAGUUGAUCUCAAAUCUUUCUCCAGCAUGUUGCUGUUCAUCCAAAGUGAAGGUGUUCUCAGUUUGUGAGCAGGAUUUCUAACUCUGAGAUAGAGACUAUGCUAACAGUACAAGUAAUUUCUGGGUGGCCAUGUUUAUAUUUUGCAUAUCAAUGUGUUUAGUACUUUUUUGUAAGUUAAUUGAAUGGAGGAAUAUUUUCAAUGUUUCUAAAUAAGGUUUAGCUUAUAUUAAAAUUCAAACAGAAUAUGUCAUUAAAAGCCUACAAAGUAAAUAAAUCGACAAUACCUAGAAAGUAUACAUGCAAAAUACACUGCUUUCCCUUUCUGUCUUACUUUUCUCUUAAAUGUCUGUCAAUAAUUUGUUUUCUAAAAUGAUCAAAGUGCUAGGACUGCUGAUUAGCACAUAUUUGAUGCAAAGGAAAAAAAAAGCCUUUCCUAAAAAGGCAAUUUUUGUGGAUUUUUUUUUUAAUCCUG